CGUUGCGAUCAGUCUGCGAUUGAACAGCGGUUCAGAAACACGCGCGUGUUCCAACUUAACUCGGCAAAAAGCAACGGUGCAAGUGCAAAGCAAUCAAAAUUGUAUGAGAACAAUUUUUUGUAUUGUUAUGAAUUAGAAUUUAUAUUUUUCGUUUUUGUUUUGGCAAACAAGUGGCAAGUGGCAAGUGUAUACAAUUUAUUGCAACAAUUCAUAGCUGGCAAAGUUUGGCGCAACACGCUGGCCAUAACGGCGCUUAUAUUUCGCUUUUGCCAACAAGCUGACGCAUUUUCAUUUCAUGCUUCUGGGUGUUUUCCAUGCACACACACAUACAUGCAUACACUAAUUUAUUGUGUUUAUAUAUAACUGUGUGUAUACACUUUGUUGAUGCCACUAUUAUUGCAACAGUUUGAAAACGAGUCGGACGUGUUUAUUCGCUGAUACGAUUCUUUGAGCCAGCAGUGCGCAUAUGAGCUAGCAAACAUAUUUGGAAGCACCUGCACAUGUACAAACGUACAUAUGUUUGUAUGUGCUUGUUUAUACAUAAUAUUUAAGCGCAACUCAGCGUGAUUUCGUGAAAUAGAGAGUUCAUUUAAAGAUCAUAAACCGCAAUAAACAUUGGACUGCCAAAAGUAGAAACGGCAUUGUGAUUAAACAGCUUUUAUUUAUUGUUUACGUUUUUAUUCAUCACAACGCUACGCAACGCCUUUGGCGAUUACUCAUAUCGUCCGCAAUUCUCGUUUUGCCUUUUAAUUUUGCAAAAGCAGCAUUCUGCGGUCACAUACAUACAUAUGCACAUACGUAUAUGCGAUAAUAAUUGUUGUGWGUUGCAAAGUGUACGGUAGGAAGUGUGGCGUAAAAAUUGAAAGUUAACUGUUCGUAAUCCGAAACUGAAACCAUAGAAGAGUGACUGGCUGUUCUUCCAUGCCGAAAAGCCACAGAAUAUUGCUAUAAUUUUUGGAUAUUAGCUUAUGUCCAUAUAAAGAGACAAACGCCAAGCCAAGCAGCCAGCUAGAAAGCAUAGAAUGAUACUAGYAAAACGAUCGUGGCAACAACAAGAACAAAACUAGCAGGCAACAGCCGGAGGGUGAAUAGAAUUCAGCUARAAUUGAAUGAAUAGCCGUGAGGGCGCAUGAAGGCGGCCAGUGGACAGACACAUGUGCACAUAUAUAUAUAUAAGUGCCGUUAAAUGAAGACAUAUACAAGCAAACGCAUAUUUGUAUAAAUYUAUGUUUAUAUAUGCGCAUAUAUGCAUUUAAGAACCGUUAUAUAAAUCAGUAGCGACAAGAGUCAAGUCGCAAGCGCCCCAAGCGGCAAGCGAAAGCAACGAAAUAACGGUUUUUCCACUUGCAGUCUAUUUUUACAGUUAUUGCUGCGAUAUCACCACUACUACUAGUUUCUGAAAGUCGCUGCUACCMCAGUCCCAUUACAAAAACAAUACGGCCAGGCUGCGCGACAACUAUCAGCAAGCGGCAACGUUGCACGGAAUUGGUCUGCUUAACAUCAAUUGUAACACUUGACGACACAAUAGACGCACGGCGGGUGGUGCAAAGCAACAACAACAAUAACURAAACAACAACGAAAACUAUACGAAAGAAAUAUAGGAAAGAGUUGUAGCAAGCAACAGCGACUGAGCAAAGUGCGGUGGCAGCAAGAAGGCAACACUGCUGAAUGUGCAACAUUGUGUGGCGCAAAGACAUUGCAAACACAUACAACAGCAGCUAAAACAACAAAAACAGCCACAAAACACGCAAGAAUUAUUGCGAGCCGCACGCAGUGGGAGAAUCGACUCAACUGCACACAUAUUGUUAACGUUUUUGUUGUUGUUUUAAGAGUGACAUAAACACUGGCGUAGCACAGUAAACUAGCAACAGCGCGCUUAUUCAUUUGGCGCGGCGAGCACAGGCGGCGACAAUAACGAAGCGGUAAAAGUGCGAUAACUGUAAAGCGACGCACACACCAGCGACACAAGUGACGCUGCAACAGUGCAGAAAAGUGUGUGUGACAGAAUUGCCUGGGUAGUAAGGAAAAUUGUAACUGUAAGAGGACAUGCAACGCAAGUGAAUUAAGCACGCACACGCAGGCGAACAUUUGCAGCAAAGUUGCAGAGGCAGCGCCGUAAACAGCAAAAAUACGAUAGCAAACAAGAAUACAAGCAAAAAAUCAACAACAACAACAACAACAGCAACAAAACAUUGCUCACAUUCCAGACGAACGCGUGCGCCAACGUGCAGCACGAACGAAGGUCGACUGGCAGCAGUUUUGAAGAGCAUUGAACGCAGCGCCGGCUGCUGGCUGCUGACAGCAAUAAACAUAACAACCGUUAUACGCGCAGCAGUAAAAAUAACAACUGUAAGCGAUACACGACGCAGUGUGCAAAUCAAACGCACAUCGAMACAAMAACCAUAUAUGCACAACUAAACAAGUGUUGCGUAUACGACACGGCGCACCGCGCAGCGCACGAGAGGCGCGUAGCAAACAGCGCAGCACUAGGGGCGCAAAAGACGUUGUGACGUAGACAAGAGUGAAGCACAGCGCGUGAUAGCGAUAGCAACAACACAAAAAAAAGGAUAAAAAAAAACAACAAAAAUAACGAUAACAACAACACACCGCCAGCAAAGAACAAAAGAAAAACAAAACGAAAAAAUAAAUAAAAUAAAAUAAAGCACAGUGAACUAGCGUGGAAAAAUCCGAAAUACGMGUAAACAAGCAACAACAAAGAGCACAGCAUAACAACAGCAACAACAACACACGCCAGCAGCAAAAUGGAUGCUGAAACGGAGGGUCUGCCACCCAAUAACACCAUAGUCGAGGUGACAAGCACCGAAACGGAUUUAGCUACGCGACGUCGUCUCUUCAAGACACAACCGUCAACAUUGGCUGCGCGACGACAGCAGGCGGUAUGCGUGCGGCGGGCGCAUAAAAUGUAUGGAAAUAGCAAAAAUCCGAAUGUCGUGUUGGAUGGCCUGAAUAUGACUGUUCCUAAGGGUUGCAUUUAUGGCCUCUUGGGCGCUUCCGGUUGCGGUAAGACUACACUACUUUCUUGCAUCGUGGGCAGACGCCGCUUGAACUCCGGUGAAAUAUGGGUGCUUGGUGGACGUCCAGGGUCUAGAGGUUCGGGUGUGCCUGGUCCACGUAUCGGCUACAUGCCUCAGGAAGUUGCACUCUAUGGCGAGUUCACGUUGCGCGAAACACUAAUCUACUUCGGCACGAUUGCGGCUAUGGCCCGCAACGAUAUCGAUGACCGCACGGAAUUUUUGUUGAAAUUUUUGAAUCUGCCAAAUGGUUCGCGGCAGGUGAAAAAUCUCAGCGGUGGCCAACAGCGACGCAUGAGUUUGGCCGUGGUCCUGUUGCACGAACCGGAAUUGCUGAUACUUGACGAGCCGACUGUGGGCGUUGAUCCAGUCUUGCGGCAAAGUAUCUGGGAUCAUCUGGUUGACAUCACAAAAACUGGGAAUACAACUGUGAUAAUUACAACACAUUACAUUGACGAGUGCGCUCAAGCACAUGUGAUCGGCCUUUUGCGUGGUGGUCGCAUGCUUGCCGAGGAGGCGCCCACAUUUUUGCGCCAACAAUACAAUGCCAGCUCAUUGGAGGAAGUCUUUCUGAAGUUGUCUGUCCUGCAGAAUAUGGGACGUCGACGSCGUUCGUCGAUUGCAAAGGAAAUCGUCGAACAAGUGCAAGUGCCAGCCAUUUCGAAUCCGGCUUUGGAUAUGUCUGAUGAGCAUAAUACCGCCGAUAUAUCGGGUGAAUUCGGUGAUAAUAUCUCGAUGAAUUCAGCAAUACGUGAUCCUAUUACGGCCGCUGAGAUGCCCGCUUCACCGCUACCAAGCGAUAAGGAGCCACCAGCAACGYUAAUGCAACACUUGGAUGUGAUAAGUUCGCAUCACAUGCGCGCCUUGGUGUGGAAAAACUAUCUGUGGAUGUUGCGUAAUGUGGGUAUAAUGAUGUUCAUAGUUGCCUUGCCGGUGGUGCAAAUUAUACUCUUCUGUUACGCGAUUGGUCACGAUCCCACCGGUCUCAAGUUGGCAGUGGCUAAUGGUGAGCUCUCCGAACAAAUGUCGAUCGAUCAAUUUUGUCCAGUUUUUCCGGGUUGCAAUCAAACGUAUYUGAGUUGCCGCUAUCUGGAUAUGCUGAAGAAGAAUAAGAGUAUGGAAGUGAAAUUUUUCCAAACCGAGGAAGCAGCCAAUGCUGAGGUACGACGCGGCAAUGCAUGGGGCUCAUUGGUUUUCGACAAGAACUAUACGAACUCAUUGAAUGAACGUGUUGAAAGCGGACGUUAUGCCGAUAAUGCUACCAUCGACUCUUCGGAUGUUAAUGUGCGCUUGGAUAUGUCAAAUCAACAAAUCUCCACGCUGCUCUAUCGUGAUCUACAAUACACCUUCUUCGAUUUCGUCGAAGACAUACUGCGCGAUUGCGAACUUAAUCCGAAAAUUGGCCGCAUACCCGUCGACUGGCAGAAACCGAUCUAUGGCACGCGCAAUCCGAAUUUCACCGAUUUCGCUGCACCCGGCGUCAUAUUAACCAUCAUAUUCUUCCUCUCCGUGGCGAUCACAUCGGGUGCCAUGCUGAUCGAACGUAACGAGGGCAUGUUGGAACGUUGCUUGGUGGCCGGCAUCACAGGCCCCGAAAUACUCUUCUCACAAGUACUCUCACAAUUCACCGUCGUCAUAUUACAAAUGACCUUCGUGCUAAUUGUCGGCUUCGGUUUCUUCGAUCUCACCAACGAGGGCAGCAUGUGGCUGGUGAUUGCGCUCUGCCUGCUCAACGGUUUAUGUGGCAUGUGUUUCGGUUUCGUUAUCGCCUGUGCCGUGGACACGGAGCGCACGGCUACCUACGUGGCAAUGGGCUCCUUCUUGCCAAUCGUUAUGUUGUGCGGCAUCAUUUGGCCCAUUGAGGGCAUGUAUCCAGCAUUGCAGUUCAUUACCGUAUUCUUGCCGUUAACCAAACCCACAGAGUGUCUACGUUCGAUAUUACAACGUGGUUGGGGUUUCUCUGAACCAUCUGUACAUAACGGUUUCAUAUCGAUAUCCCUCUGGGUCUUGGUCUUUUUGGUGUUGAGCAUAUUAUUCCUCAAAUUUAAGAAGGGCUAAAUAAGCGAACGGUCCUAGCAGGGUAUAUGUGUGRAGAGCGUGCGAGUGAGAGCGGUAGAGAGUGUGCGAGGAAGAGCGCGUGGCAUUCUACGUGUGUUUGUGGCGUGUGAAUGCGUUGUGAGAGCGUGUCUUAGCGCACGCGGUCGCGUAUUGCGGUAUUUUUUGGUUACAGGGUGGUAAAGUGUUAAUCAAAUUAUUUAAGUUAGUGAGCUAGAUUAGUUUUUCAUGUGUUGUGUUAACUUUUUGCUUCUCGUAAUAUAUAUUUUUAUGUACUUUUAUAUUUGUAGGUGCAGUUAGCAGUUUUAUAACAGUUAUUUUAUUUGGAUUUUAUYUACUGUGGCAAAAUUGCUUACGCCUGGCGCUCAGUGUUUGCUGUGAGUGCAGCGGUAAUGAGCGUUUUUAUAUAAAAUAUUUUUUCGAAAAGUUUUUUUAUUUUAAAUUUAAAUGCUAUGUUAUUAUUUUCUCCAAU